UAGUCUCUUUCGAUCGCUCAGAAAAAGCCAUGCCCCUAUCCCCUGUCACGGAAGACCCUGAUGUCCACGACCCGGACCCAUCCAUGCCCCUAUCCCCUAUCGUGGUCCGCCUGAAGCGGCACCGUUCGUCCUUGUUCAAAGACCCUAGCCACGACCAGAACCUAACCCCUGUCACGGAAGACUCUGAUGUUGCGAAGCGGCCCCGUUCGUCCUUGUCCUCUGAACACCCUGAUAUCCAGGGCGGCAAGCACCAGGACCCGGACCCGGACCCGGCGAAGCCCUUAAAACCAGUAAGCCGUACGCUGAAGGAGAUUCUGGAUGAGGCCGGCCCGCUCGUCUCUAAAGAGCGAGAGCUCGAGUAUGCUAAGAUUUUGGCUAAGCGGAAGGAGGCCGAACCUAUUACCAAUCGCGUGACGGGGUUUGGUGGACCCAUUAACGUAGUACAGAGUUAUGAGGCCAAACCUAUUACCAAUCGCGUGAUGGCCUCCUUCCCGGAGCCUCUUUUGGGUGGACGCAUUAACGUAGUACAGAGUUAUGGUCCUGAUACACUAGCUGAAGCCGCAGCUGCUGGUGCUAGCAAGAGGACACUCCGUGAUACACCUCUUUUUGGUGGAUGCAUUAACCUAGUAGAGAGUUAUGGUCCUGAUACAGUAGCUGAAACCGAAGCUGCUCGUGCUAGCAAGAGGACAUUCCCUGAUACGCCUUUUUGGAAUACUCUUGAUUCUCUGAGACGUAGAAGUGCAGAAAACCCAAAGUAUUGUGGAAAAGAAGCAUGGAAAGAAUUCAUCGAACGUCAAAGGAGUACAUGGGGGCCGUGUCAGAUUUGUUUGAAGGCUGAUGACCAUAUGAGUUUGCACUGUCCAUAUCUCGACUAUGUCCCGGAAGGCGCAUCUGUUGGCCCUGGCGUUGAACUAGUUUGUAGGGGUUGUGGACUUAAGGACAAGCACCCUGGUAUGAAUUGGUCUAAAUGUGCUAUUCUCAAGUCGUGUUUCAUUUGUGCAUCAGACCACUGGGGUACUGAUUGCCCGCGUGCUAAACAGCAUAAAACGGUUCCAUAUAAUCCCACUCCCUUUAGCGACCGCUGAGACUGGUGUACUAGGGGAUUUGGUUAUGUUAAUUUUGUGAUCAUCGCUUGAUGGCCUUCUGAUCUAUCUCCUUGUAUCUUGAAGAACUUUCGGAUUAGUAGGAAGGAUUAUUAUUAUCAUGUAUCUGAAUGGAAUACAUAUUAAGUUAUCUGUUUUAUUUCUGUGUAAUUAGUAAGUGAGCUUUGAAGGUUGUCUAUACUCUAUAGCUUCAAAAGGUAUCAGUGCUAUCUAAACCUUCAAAAUUUGCAGUUGCCAUGCAGUUGCAGGCAGCCAUGUCCUAUUUAAUUACACCUCCUUAUUUCUUCCA